UCCAAUCAGUGGAGAGCGACGCGCGUCCUUGAGGAAGUGACGGCAGUUCGAGUCCGGUGGGGGCUGUGGGAGCGAUGAGGGAACUGAGACGGUGGUAGCCGUUGUGUGAAGAUGGAGUUUCCCGGAGGAAAUGACAAUUACCUGACGAUCACAGGGCCCUCGCACCCCUUCCUGUCAGGGGCCGAGACAUUCCAUACACCAAGCUUGGGAGAUGAGGAAUUUGAAAUCCCACCUAUCUCUUUGGAUUCUGAUCCCUCACUGGCUGUCUCAGAUGUGGUUGGCCACUUUGAUGACCUGGCAGACCCCUCCUCCUCUCAGGAUGGCAGCUUUUCAGCCCAAUAUGGGGUCCAGACAUUGGACAUGCCUGUGGGCAUGACCCAUGGCUUGAUGGAGCAGGGCGGGGGGCUCCUGAGUGGGGGCUUGACCAUGGACUUGGACCAUUCUAUAGGAACUCAGUAUAGUGCCAACCCACCUGUUACAAUUGAUGUACCAAUGACAGACAUGACAUCUGGCUUGAUGGGGCAUAGCCAGUUGACCACCAUUGAUCAGUCAGAACUGAGUUCUCAACUUGGUUUGAGCUUAGGGGGUGGCACCAUCUUGCCACCUGCCCAGUCACCUGAGGAUCGUCUUUCAACCACCCCUUCACCUACUAGUUCACUUCAUGAGGAUGGUGUUGAGGAUUUCCGGAGGCAACUUCCCAGCCAGAAGACAGUUGUGGUGGAAGCAGGAAAAAAGCAGAAGGCCCCAAAGAAGAGAAAAAAGAAAGACCCUAAUGAACCUCAGAAGCCAGUUUCAGCAUAUGCUUUAUUCUUCCGUGAUACACAGGCUGCCAUCAAGGGACAGAAUCCCAAUGCCACUUUUGGGGAGGUUUCAAAAAUUGUGGCCUCCAUGUGGGAUAGUCUUGGAGAGGAGCAAAAACAGGUAUAUAAGAGGAAAACUGAAGCUGCCAAGAAAGAGUAUCUGAAGGCUCUGGCUGCAUAUAAAGACAAUCAAGAAUGUCAGGCCACUGUGGAAACAGUAGAAUUGGAUCCAGUGCCACCGUCACAGACUCCUUCUCCACCUCCUAUGGCUACUGUUGACCCAGCAUCUCCAGCACCAGCCUCAACAGAGCCCCCUGCCCUCUCCCCUUCCAUUGUUGUUAACUCCACUCUUUCCUCAUAUGUGGCAAACCAGGCAUCUUCUGGGGCUGGGGGUCAGCCCAAUAUCACCAAGUUGAUUAUUACCAAACAGAUGUUGCCCUCUUCUAUUACUAUGUCUCAAGGAGGGAUGGUUACUGUUAUCCCAGCCACAGUAGUGACCUCCCGGGGGAUCCAACUAGGCCAAACCAGUACAGCCACUAUCCAGCCCAGUCAACAAGCCCAAAUUGUCACUCGCUCAGUGUUGCAGGCAGCAGCAGCAGCCGCUGCUUCUAUGCAACUGCCUCCACCCCGACUUCAACCCCCUCCACUGCAACAGAUGCCUCAGCCCCCCACUCAACAGCAGGUGACCAUUCUGCAGCAGCCUCCCCCACUUCAGGCCAUGCAACAGCCUCCACCUCAGAAAGUUCGAAUCAAUUUACAGCAACAGCCGCCACCUCUGCAGAUCAAGAUUGUGCCCCCACCCACUCUGAAAAUGCAGACGACCUUAGUCCCACCAGCUGUGGAAAGUAGUCCUGAGCGGCCUGUAAACAGCAGCCCCGAGGCCCAUACAGUGGAGGAAACUUCUCCUGAGACAAUCUGUGAGAUGAUCACAGAUGUAGUUCCUGAGGUUGAGUCUCCUUCUCAAAUGGAUGUUGAAUUGGUGAGUGGGUCUCCUGUGACACUCUCACCCCAGCCUCGAUGUGUGAGGUCCGGUUGUGAGAACCCUCCCGUUGUGAGUAAGGACUGGGACAAUGAGUACUGCAGCAAUGAAUGUGUGGUAAAGCACUGCAGGGAUGUCUUCUUGGCCUGGGUGGCUUCUAGAAAUUCAAACACAGUGGUAUUUGUGAAGUAGUCCUUCCUGUUCUCCAAGCCAGUCAAGACUUAUCUGCUGGAAACAUGUCUAAGAGCCUCUUUUUAAAAAAAAAGCUGGGCUUCUGGUAGUGCCUGAUUUCAACCCAUGAUGGUCCUUCAUGCUUCUUCCCUUUUCUGUCUCUUCAGCAGGGGCCAUACUUUGGAGCAAGGCUACUGAGUUUGCUGUAAUCUGGAACUGCUUUUUACUUUAAAGUACAGAGAUACCAGUGAUAAUAGCAGAGGAAAGGGUGAAGGGAAUAUGGACAAGCAGAAUAUAGGUGAUGCUGGUGGGGGGUUGUUUGAGGAAACUCGGGAUAAUUGUCAUAGGACAUGCCUAAACAAUUAUUAAAAUGAUGGGAGAAUACUCGGUUUUGAACCUAGGCUAAAACGCUGUGUGCAUCCAUUUUAAAGGGGAUGAAAAACUGCAUUGAAGGUUAUCUCUUAAACAGGAACAACUGCUAUCACACAUAUACAUGCUUUGAGAACAAAAGUUUUCAACAGAGCAAGCACCCAGGCUAUAGGGAAAAUACCAUCGCCUGGGGGGGUUCUUAUUUAUUUCUCUUUUCAAAUAAUGUUAUUUCUGUAGUCCAUGAUCCUCCUUGGAUUUAUCACAGUUUAUGAGUGUAAAAGGCAGAAGUCUAUAUCCUUAAUACAAGAGGUUUUACCAAAGUCUAA